AUGUGGCAAAUUUAUGAUUUGGUAUUUAAGACUUUUAAUGAAGAAGGAGCAACAUUUUUUGCUGAUUGUAUGCCAGUUUUACAUGCUUUUCUAACAGUUGGCUCUGAAGUUUUUUUGUCUUCACAAGAAAAAAUUCAAAUGUUGUUAUCAAUGUGUGAAAAAACUAUUUGUGAUAAUGAUAGUGAUGAACUUGGAAAAGCGCAUGCAGCAAAAAUGCUUGAGGUUUUUGUUUUACAAAGUCAAGGUCAUCCAAAUUCUUGUUUGCCACAUAUUCUUCGUUUGGUAUUAACUCAACUUCAAAUUGCAGUAAAAGACGAGCACACUUUAGAACAAUAUAAAUCACAACUUUUAAUGAUUUUGGUUGCCGGGUUCUAUAAUGAUUCUAAUUUGUCUACAAGUAUUUUUGAACAAUCUCAAAUAAAUUCAACACAAAAAAUUACUUUUGAAUGGUUUUUGGAAGAAUUAUAUGAAAAUAGAGACAAUUUUGAGGGAAUACAUGAUCGUAAAAUGUUAAUAUGGUUUUUAUGUCGUCUUUUAUCGAGUGGUUUAAUUCCUACAAUGUUUCAACAAGAAGCAACAAAGAUGAUGGAUUGGUUAAUUGAUCUUUUCAAAGAUUUACAACGUUGUAUUAAAGGGUUGGCUGAUAAAAUUAAAGAAGAUUCAGAUGAUGAAGAUGAGGAAUCAAGUGAUGAUAAUAAUGAAAGAAUGAAUGGUGAACUUAAAGAUUCUGAUGAUGAUGUUGAUGAACAUAAUAUGGAAUAUUUGGAAGCUGUAGAUAAUGAAAAUAAUAAUCAAAAUAAAAAAAGACGUAAAAGGCAAAGUACAAAUAGUAAAAGUAUGGGUGAAGAUCAAAGUGUUGAAGAUGAAUUAUUUGAAGGUUAUGAAACUACUUCAAGUGUAACAGAUGAUGAAGAUUAUCAUCAUUUUCAGGAAGAAAAUGAUUUGGAGGCUUUUACAACUUUAAUUGACGAUCAAGAUGAUAAACAAGGAUUAAAUGUUUUUGUCCUUUUUAAACAUACAUUUGAAGUUUUGAAACAAAAUAAUCCAUUAUUAUUUGAUGCUCUUUGUGAUCAACAAAAAUUGGGUGAAAAAAGAAUUGCUGAAUUAAAAGCUUUAACAGAUGUUUGUAUAAGAGAAGAAAAUUUGGUUGAAUCAAAACAACUUGCUCAAUCUGGUGGUUAUUCAUUUGAUGCAAAUCAACCAGUUCCGGGGACAUUUAAAUUUGCUUAA